GACGGAGCUGUCACGAGGUUUGUGCCAAUUUUAAUUUUAUAAAAAGUUAAUUUCGUGGGAAGAAGUUGGUGAAGUCUGGUCGAGACUGUUUGACCACCGUCCUUUUCUAAAUGGUGAAAUAAAGUUUAUGGUGAAAGAGUUUGAGGAGAAGCGAGGAGAUCGUGAAGUAGAAAACUUGUUUUCCAUACUUGAGAAAUUGACAGAAAUAAAAGACAACCAAGUUGAAAAAAUAAGCAAAAGCGCUGAACAUUCACUACCUGUUCUGAAUGAAAAACUUGAGCAAGCACUGCAACUUUGUGACAAUAUUGAAAAAGAGUACUUAGAAGUGCACAAAGACUGUGAACAAAGAAGAAUUCAAAAACGUGAAAAGCGGCAAAAAGAAUGGGAUCAAUUCAUUGAUGAUAUGAACUUUAAGUGCAAGAGAAUUGACAACGCAUUUGAAGAAAAAGAAGAAGAAUUGAGGGAUUUGUACGCAGAUUUAAAUCACAAGUUAAACAUAGCCAAUAACUAA